AUGGCAUAUAAUAUUCCAAAGCUCAGUCCACACCCAAAAACAUUCCUUCGUGACACUGGUAUCAGAUCAACACCCACUCCAAAAGACUUUGAAACUUUUUUCUAUACUCAAACACUUGAUCACUUCAACUAUAGACCAGAAAGCUAUACCACUUUCAAACAAAGAUAUGUGAUCAAUUGGAAAUAUUGGGGUGGUGCAAAUGCAAGUGCACCAAUCUUUGCUUAUCUAGGUGAAGAAGGGUCAUUGGAUUAUGAUCUAGCGGGCAUAGGGUUUUUGAGAGAGAAUGCCCCUCGCUUUAAAGCUCUACAAGUUUUUAUAGAGCAUCGGUUCUAUGGACAAUCUGUUCCAUUUGGAUCAAUAGAAGAGGCUAUGAAAAAUCAUAAUAUUCGUGGUUAUUUCAGCUCAGUUCAAGCUAUAACAGAUUAUGCAGAAGUGCUAAUGUACCUCAAGAAAACAUUAUCUACGCCUAAUUCUCCCAUUAUUGUCAUUGGAGGAUCUUAUGGGGGCAUGCUUGCUUCAUGGUUUCGACUAAAGUAUCCACACAUUGCUCUUGGUGCUUUGGCCUCAUCAGCUCCAAUUCUUUACUUCGAUGAUAUCACUCCCCAAAAUGGCUAUUAUUCAGUUGUCACCAAAGAUUUCAAAGAAGUUAGUGAGAAUUGUUACAACACAAUAAAAAUGUCAUGGUCUGAAAUUGAUAAAAUUGCUUCAAAGCCCAAUGGUCUUUCAAUCCUCAGCAAAAAAUUCAAGACUUGCGAGCUCCUAAAUAAAUCUUCUGACCUCAAGGACUACCUUGACUCAAUUUACUGUGGGGCAGCUCAGUAUGACCAUCCGCCACGGUAUCCGGUGACUCAAGUUUGUGGCGGCAUAGAUGGAGCAUCUGAAGGAACUGAUAUUCUUGAUCGGAUAUUUGCUGGAAUGAUUGGUUUAGUAGGAAAUCAGUCAUGUUAUGAUAUGAGUCAAGAUUAUGAUCCUAGUGAGUCAGAGUGGGGAUGGCAAACUUGUAGUGAAAUGGUGAUACCCAUUGGCCGUGGUAGCAAUGACACUAUGUUUCCAUCGGAACCUUUUGAUUUAAAGCAAUAUUCUGAGGACUGCAAGAACAUUUUUGGCGUCUCACCUCGGCCUCAUUGGGUCACAACCUAUUAUGGAGGUUAUCACAUAAAAUUGGGUCUCCAUAGGUUUGCCAGCAACAUCAUCUUCUCAAACGGAUUGAGAGAUCCUUACAGUAGCGGAGGGGUGUUGGAGGAUAUUUCAGACACUGUGUUGGCCGUCCAUACACUUAAUGGAUCUCAUUGCUUGGACAUACUUCCAGCAAAAGAAAGUGAUCCCCAAUGGCUGGUCAUGCAACGAAAGAAAGAGGUGGAGAUCAUUGAAGGAUGGAUAAAACAGUACUAUGCUGAUCUUCUUGCCUUCAAGAAAUCGAUCGAAGAACAUGUCUAA